AUGAAGAAGAAUAACUCCAAGGGUAACUCCAGUGCAAACAAAGCUUCGGCCGGUGACGUCUCUCAGGUGCAGUUCUGGAACUACUUGAAGAAAGGUGAUGAUGAAGGCCUGGAGAAAACCUUAUUGCAGCGCGUCGAAAACUCAGAGACGGGUGAAGUGACGGUAGUGGUUAACUCGGCAGUGGCAAAUCAGCUUGUCAAUAGCCCCAAUGCGAAGAAAAUCCUUCCAUUAUCGUACGCCAUAAGCCAAGGAAUGAGUGAGCGGGGGCUGCACGCGCUUCUACUGGCAGGCGCCAAAAUCGAUGCUAUGGAUGGAACGUCCGAGCGCGCUACCGCGUUGCACGCUGCGUGCUGGGGCGAGAACGACAGCGCGGUAAUGUUGCUAUUACGUUGCGGGGCCAAUCCCCUCGCGGUUGAUUCCCAAGGUCGCACACCCCUUCACGUACUUGCUUCAUUGAACGCCAUAUCGCUCUUCUCACUUGUUCUGGAGACGGUAACCAAAUUUGGCGUGGACCAAAAUACUUGUAGGGGAGAUGAUACCGAACAGCGGUUGGAGGGUCAUCUUUCACUGGAAGGUCAUUCGCCGGUAAUAGUCCCUGCUGAAAGACUUCUUGACAGCCGAGACAAAGCGGGACUUACUGUUUUGCAUACCGCCGUUUCCGACAUUAGCAGCGGCUCGGAUGGUGUGAUCAGCAAACUACUGUCGUAUUUGGAGGAAAUGGCAAAAACAAGCGCGGACAAGGUGUCACGGUUGGUGAAUAUGACAACUGACUCUGAAAGCACGGCACUCCAUCUGAUUCUGUCCUGGCCGAACUGCGAUGAAGGUGUGAUGAUGCAUACCGUAGAGCGGCUCCUCAAACUGGGGGCGUCUGCUAGUGCUGUUGAUAAAUAUGGUCAGACGGCAGUCACAGUGGCAGUGACGACACACGUUGGGAUUACGGUGGCAAACGUCGUACGAUCGCUUUUGAGAAGUGUUGAGGAAGGUGAAGACAACGAGGCCCGUCUUAAGAAUGUGUUCAUGCAGUGUGAUAAUGAAAAAGGUUACGCGCUCAUUCAUCACGCCGUUGCUGCAAAUAACAUAGAAGUUGUGAAAGUUCUUGUGAACUUCCUUGGGGAGUUCGAUGGAGCUUCUGGUUCGCAAUACAUUCGCCACUGGCUUGGUGGGCUGCUUACUGACAACAACGAAACGGUAGUGCAGCUAAUUGUGGAAUACGGUUGCGAUGAAAUAGCCGAUCUCCUUAUUGGAUUCCAAGCUAUAAACAAGAUCGAUUACGAAAAAUACAAGGAAGAACAUGAAAAAAUCAGGGAAGACGAGUCAGUUGGUAAUUUGGAGGAUGGCGAUAUCGACAGUAACGAGGAAGGGGGACAUGAAAUUGGAGACGAGGUGGGGCUGCGCGGAAGACAGUUUGCUGGCCGUAGCACCGCAGCUGGUGCUUCUUCCGGAGGCUCGCGUAUCCAGCUGGCACGGAGGGCGCGGGCACGGGCGCAGGCGCAGUCGGCAGCUCAGCGGAAGAAAGAUUCACCGAGGCAAGACAGUGAGGUGGCGGAUCGCCAGCGGAAUGCCGCACCUCUUUGGGUCAUGUUAUGUGCGGUCCUAAUUUUCAUUGCGUCGGCUGCGCUUGUUGGGUUCACGUUUAGGAAUACCAUUGUAAGUUUGUUCGGUUAA